AAGCUCACACUAAAAUGGGGUGCCAUGCAACCUUGCAUAAGACCUGAAAGACAAGGGAUAUUCCUGUUGAAACAUGCUGCACACACUCUGAUUGUUGUUGUUUAUUACUUAAGGAUCUAUUUUAGCCUCAUCACAGGCUGCUUGUUGGCAAGGUCUUCGGGAUCCAAUUUGACAGAAUAUAGAAGGCAUGAAUGACAACAAUGUACCUUGUGGACGGCUUGCUAGCUUCUUUCUGGACAUAGCUACUGCUAGCUGCCUAGCUAGCUAUGUGCCAUGGUUGUUCUCAGAGAUGGCAUGUGUCCUGGAUUGAGUGAAGAAUUGGUUGUGGCUUUACGAGCAGCAGACAUUACAACAGUGGAAGAUCUGGUGUCAUCAGAUACAGAAGACCUUGCUCAAAAAUGUUCCGUGUCCUAUAAGGCCCUGCUGGCUAUACGCAGAGUGCUCCUUGCCCAGCACACAGCAUUCCCUGUAUCAGGUGCUGAUCUAUAUGAAGACCUGCUGAGUUCAACAGCCAUCCUCUCCACAGGCAAUCCUAGUCUAGAUAAGCUUCUAGACUCUGGCUUGUACACAGGAGAGCUCACAGAGUUGGCAGGAGGCCCUGGAAGUGGAAAAACCCAGGUGUGUUUUGGUGUUGCAGUGAAUAUAUCUUACCAACUGAAGCAGAGCGUCAUAUAUGUUGACUCAACAGGAGGACUGUCGGCAAGUCGCUUGCUUCAGAUGCUCCAAGCGAAGUCGUGCAAUAUAGAAGAACAGAUGGAGGCUCUUCAGAGAAUCCAGGUCUUUCCAGUGUUUGACAUUUUCUCGUUACUCGGCUGUCUACAUCAUUUUCGAUGCGUUGGACUUCAGCAGGCAUCUGCGGGAGGUGGCUCAGUCAAAGCUGUAAUUGUGGAUUCAGUGUCAGCAGUUAUUUCUCCCAUACUGGGAGGCAAACAAAAUGAAGGCAUGUCCAUGAUGAUGCAAGUGGCAGGGCUGUUGAAGACAAUCGCCAAAGACUUCAAUGUAGCCGUUCUGGUGACAAACACUGUGACCAGAGACGGCAAUGGGCAGCUGAAAGCCGGAAUGGGCCAAACGUGGAGUCACGUACCUAGAAUUCGGAUUCUACUGCAACGGCUCGAGAGGCCGGGAUCCACUUGUUCUAGUGUACGCACUGCCACUUUGGCCAAGUCCUCAAGACAGCCUUGUCAUCUGAAAGAAGAGUUUGACUUGCAGUGCUGGGGCAGGUCUGAAGAACAGCUGUAUGGAAUGUCAGGAAAGAGGAAGCUGGAGAACACUGAGCCCAGCUAGGCCUCAACAUCCAUGGUGGUGCUCAUUAGGUAUCAAAUGGAAGAAAACUGACAAACGGAGAAAAGGAUAUUCAAACCAGUUUAUUUUAAACAUUAGCACAAAGGUAUUGUGUGAAUUAAAGGAUAUUUCUGACAUCAUAGAUUUGUCACCUGGUUGCACUCUGGUUUACAAAAUUAACAAACCCCAAUAUAGUGUUCCACUUGGCCAUAAAAAAAAAAAAA